UGUAGGCGAUUGAGGGCGCCCUACCAUUGGCAGUAAUCUGCAGUCUGCUGCAACUUUGUGCAAGAUUGAUUUCAUUUUGAGUAAAUUUUGUGCUGGGGCGUGAACGGAAAAAUCUUCAGAGAGAGCAAGAAAAUUUUUAGAUGGCGAUGAAGCUCUGUGCAAGUUCUGACAAUCCUCCGAUUGCUGCCCUUCUUGCAGCAGAAUACGUCAGAGGCUCAGUGAACAUCAAUGUAGAAUGGGGCAAGGCCACUGCUCUUAGGGUGUCUGAGGACUUGACGUGUACAAAUUCCGUGGCUAUUUGCCGGUAUUUGGCAAGGGUGUCUCCUGAGAGUGGACUGUAUGGCAGUAACCAGCUUGAAGCAACUGAGGUGGACCACUGGCUUGAUUUUAGCAACACUCGUCUCAGCCAGUCAGAUCAGUUUCCUGAGGCUUUGCGCAGCCUCGAUAAGAGUCUGGGUCCUCGAACGUACCUCGUAGGAAAAACACUCUCCAUAGCUGAUCUGGCUGUAUGGGGGUCCCUAAAAGGGAGCUCCACAUGGACUGGCAUGCUGAACAAAGGACAGGGUCCAACAAAUGUGAGUAGGUGGUUCAGGUUCGUUGCAUCGCAGCCUGAGGUGAAGAAAGUGUCCAGCGGUCUGCCUAGUACUGCUCAAGCCAGCAAGCAGGAUAAAGCAGCCAAACAGGCAGAUGUUGGUGGAUUCUUUGACCUACCUGGAGCUGUGGAGGGUGAGGUGGUGGUGAGAUUCCCUCCAGAAGCUAGUGGAUAUCUGCAUAUUGGACACGCCAAGGCAGCAUUGCUCAAUCAAUACUACCAAGAAUUCUUCAAGGGCAAGUUAGUGAUGCGCUUUGACGAUACCAACCCAGCCAAGGAGGACUUAGAAUUCGAAAGGGUGAUUCUGGAGGAUGUAGCCAUGUUGGGCAUCAAGUACGACCAUUUCUCCCACACAUCGGACCACUUUGAUCUGAUCCAGGACUACGCCGUGUUUCUAAUGAAGCAAGGGGAGGCGUACGCAGAUAACACAGAGGCUGAGCAGAUGAAGAAAGAGCGGGAACAGAGAUUUGAGAACAACAACAGGCAGAACUCGGUUGAAAGAAAUCUUGAGAUCUGGGAAGAGAUGAAGAAAGCUACCCCCUUUGGCAAGACCUGCUGCCUAAGAGCCAAGGUUGAUAUGCAAUCCAACAAUGGCUGCAUGAGAGAUCCUACCAUCUAUAGGUGUAAAGAUGAACUCCAUGUCAAGACGGGUACUAAAUACAAGGUUUACCCAACAUACGACUUUGCGUGUCCCAUCGUGGACUCCAUAGAGGGAGUCACCCACGCCCUGCGCACAACGGAGUACCACGACCGAGACGACCAGUACAACUGGUUCUUGGAUCAUUUGAAGCUACGCAAGGUGUUCAUCUGGGCCUACAGUAGGCUGAAUCUCCAACACACUGUGCUGUCCAAACGGAAACUGACGUGGUUCGUCCAGCAGGGAUUGGUGGAUGGAUGGGAGGAUCCAAGGUUCCCCACAGUGCGUGGAGUUCUGAGGCGUGGGAUGACGGUAGAAGGCCUGAAGCUCUUCAUUGCUGCACAGGGUUCAUCAAGAUCAGUUGUGAUGAUGGAAUGGGACAAGCUGUGGAGUUUCAACCGUAAGGUCAUUGACCCCAAAGUGCCUCGUUUCUCAGCGGUUGUGAAAACCGACGCAGUGCCGGUCACGGUGAAGGGGGCAAAGGAGGACUCCAAAGAUGUCGCCAAACAUCCCAAAAAUGAGUCUGUUGGAAUGAAGAAAGUUUGGUACAGCAGUAAGGUGAUGAUAGAUCAGGUAGAUGCAGCUGUCCUCAGUGACGGAGAGGUCGUGACCUUUGUCAACUGGGGCAACAUCAUAGUGAACAAGAUCCACAAGGAUGGCUCUGGAAAAAUCUCAUCAAUUGAUGCAACUCUGAAUCUGGACAAUCAGGAUUACAAGAAGACCACCAAGCUGACAUGGCUCGCUGAGACUGAGAAGGCCCCGUUGAUCCCCGCUGUCAUGAUGCACUACGAUUACCUCAUCACUAAGGGAAUACUCGGUAAAGAUGAAAACUUCAAAGACUUUGUCAACACCAACUCAAAGACUGAGACGAUGCUCCUAGGAGACCCAGAGCUCGCCAGCUUGAAGAAAGGAGAGAUCAUCCAGCUUCAGCGCAAGGGAUUCUUUAUCUGUGACCAGGCGUAUGAGGAGCCAAGUCGCCACAGCGGUCGUUCCAGUCCGUGUAUUCUUCUGAACAUACCUGAUGGUCACAAGGGAGCAUCCAAGCCAGAGGAGUCAGCUAAGGAUAAGCAAAAAGAGACAAAUAAUAAGUCAAAAGGAACUCCAGCAUCGAAACCAACAAGUACCGCACCACCGUCAUCAGCGAAACCAAGCAGUGAUUUGAGCACCCUCAUCAAUCAAAUUACUGCACAGGGAGACGAAGUCAGGAAACUCAAAGCUGAAGAAGCAUCCAAGGAAACCGUGACUGCUGCAGUGAAGAUUUUACUGAGUUUGAAAGCAGAUUACAAAGCUCAAACAGGCACCGACUACAAGCCUCCAGCAAGUGGUGCUUCGAAAGUGGAGAAGAAGGAACCAGUAACAGAUACAACUGCACUAGUUGGGAAGAUCACUGUUCAGGGAGACAAAGUGCGCCAACUGAAAACUGACAAGGCACAUAAGGAGGCUGUUGAUGCCGAAGGUAAAAUUCUUCGGAGUUUGAAAGCGCAAUACAAGAAGGAGACAGGAUCAAACUACAAACCUCCUGCAGCUGAUGCUCAGAAGCCAAAGGAGAAGAAGGAAACACCUGAAGUGGCUGCAAUCGUUGAAAAGAUCACUGCACAGGGAGAUCAAGUCAGACAACUCAAAACGGACAAAGCAUCCAAGGAGCAAAUUGAUGCGGGAGUGAAAAGCCUCCUCGCCUUGAAAGCUGAGUAUAAAAGCUUGACUGGUAGUGACUACAAGCCCCCAGGGGGUGGUCAAAAGAGUGACAAGAAGGCAGACAAGAAGAAGGAGAAGGGAGCCGAGGGGAAGAAGGGAAGCGAAGCCAAGAAAGAGGAGAAAACGUCAAAGGAGGCUGCCGGAGCUGACAAGAAGCAGACGAGGUUAGGUCUGGAAGCUAAGAAGGAAGAAAACCUUAGUGACUGGUACUCACAGGUGAUUACGAAAGCUGAGAUGAUUGAGUACUAUGAUGUGAGUGGCUGCUACGUUCUCCGUCCGUGGUCGUACUCAAUCUGGGAGGCAAUCAAGGAGUACUUUGACCGCUGUAUCAAGAAGCUCGGCGUGGAGAACACCUACUUCCCGAUGUUUGUAUCUCAGAGUGCCCUGGAGAGGGAGAAGGAUCAUAUUGCUGACUUCUCACCAGAGGUUGCUUGGGUGACUAGAUCUGGCAGUACUGACCUGGCUGAACCCAUUGCGAUUCGCCCAACUAGCGAGACUGUAAUGUACCCAACGUAUGCCAAGUGGGUUCAGUCACACAGGGAUCUUCCAAUUAAGCUCAACCAAUGGUGCAACGUUGUGCGAUGGGAGUUCAAACACCCACAGCCGUUCCUGCGUACCCGUGAGUUUCUGUGGCAGGAGGGCCACACGGCUUGGGCAAACCGACCCGACGCAGUGGAAGAGGUCUUCCAGAUCUUGGAGCAUUACGCUGAGGUGUACGAGAAUCUACUUGCCAUUCCAGUGGUGAGGGGACGGAAGACACUGAAGGAGAAAUUCGCUGGCGGAGAUUUCACCACCACGGUGGAGGCGUUUAUAUCGGCCAGUGGUCGGGCCAUUCAGGGUGCAACCUCUCAUCAUCUUGGCCAGAACUUCUCCAAGAUGUUUGAAAUCAAGUUUGAGGAUCCAAACAAUGAGGGUAGCCACGAGUAUGCGUAUCAGAACUCGUGGGGUAUCACCACUCGUACCAUCGGUGUCAUGUGCCUUGUUCAUGGUGACAACAGAGGGCUGGUCCUGCCACCUAGAGUUGCCUGUGUACAGAUCAUCAUCGUUCCUUGUGGUAUAACCAAGUCAACCAGCAACCAAGACAAGGAGAAGCUCAUGGGCAAGUGUGAUGAAUACUUUACGCAGUUUGAGGAGGCCGGGCUGAAGGUGAGACGUGACUACAGGGAUAACUACAGCCCUGGAUGGAAGUUCAACCACUGGGAGCUCAAGGGAGUACCCAUUCGUGUAGAGCUUGGCCCACGUGAUGUGAGCAAUGGUCAGGUUGUGAUGGUGCGCCGAGAUACCGGGGAAAAGCUUGUCUUCAAAGCGGGCGAGGCUGCCAGCAAGGCCGCCGAAGUGUUGGAGUCCAUCCACACCUAUCUCUAUGAUAAAGCUUGCAAGGAUCUUGCUGAUCAUAUGAAGGUAUCAACAGAUUGGGAUGACUUCUGCUCCCAGCUGGAUCAGAAAAAUCUUAUCCAGACUCCAUUCUGUGGUGAACCUGACUGCGAGGAUAAAAUCAAGAAGGACAGUGCAAGGGGUCAAGACGUAGAGGUUGGAGCGCCCUCUAUGGGUGCUAAGAGUCUCUGCAUCCCGCUCAAGCAGCCUGCUGAGGUGACAAAGGACACAAAGUGCAUUUACCCUGAGUGCGGCAAGCCGGCUCAGAGCUACUGCCUGUUUGGACGAAGUUACUAAGCGAGAAAUUCGCUCAAAAUGUUUGGACGAAGUUACUAAGCGAGAAAUUCUCUCAAAAUGUUUGGACAAAGUUACUAAGCGAGAAACUCCCUCCAAAAUUUGACAAAGUUACUAAGCGAGAAACUCUCUCCAAAAUUUCACAAAGUUACUAAGCGAGAAACUCUCUCCAAAAUUUGACAAAAUUACUAAGCGAGAAACUCUCUCCUAAUGUUUAGACAAAGUUACUAAGGGAGAAACUCAAAAGUCACCCCAUCUCAAAGCAAAACACAAACAAACACAUCUCACCCCAAAUAUGGCCACAGUAAAUUUGAUUUUUACUUGGAUUCUUUCGGAAGUAGACUUCUGAAAAAUUAUAGUUCAUAAUUGAUUAUCGUUUUCUAGAAUGACCGACAAAAUUUAUCUGAUUUUAUUUGUUUGCUUAUUAAGUAAUGCUUCCUUAAAAGUUAAUUUUCAUUCUUUUAAAAGCAUGGAUAAUUUUCCACCUUGUAAAACCGCUGCUUACCCCAUCAGCCAUAAAAUUUUUGAAAAUUAACAGCUUGCCAGCUGACCUUGUUUGUUGAUCAUUAUUAAUUAAGCAAAAUCACACGGCUAUUCUGUGCCUUGUUACAUUGGUAAUCCUAUGUCACUCUACAGGUUUUAUAUUAUGUAUAAACAUACACAAUCCAAAAUGUUGGUAUUACUUAAAAUAUUAGUGUUAUUUUUUUGUGCUAUAUUAAUAUAUGACUUACUUCUGUGUUAAAUCUGAUGGGGUAUUGUGACCCUAAACACUAUUUCUGAAGUGUGCCAUCUCACUUUUAUGAUAUGUUGUGUUUUUAUGAAGAAAGUAUUAACAUGUAUUUUCAAGAUGCAAAAUUGAAAACCCUACUGGUUUUGGUAAUCAAUUGCACAGGUUGUGUAUGGUGUUACUGCUGGGCACUGAACUACAAUUUGUACACACAAAAACUGUGCUAUGUAGAUGCAUAAAACACCACAUCUUUUUAAUUAUUUUGUUGUUAUGCAAGUUCGCCCCAAACAAGGCUACAGCCUAUCUUGGUAUGGGGCUACAAGAAGAGAAAUUAUUUAAGUGGAAAGAACUCGAGAGCUGAAGGUAGGAAUUAAUAUUCCUCCUAAAACAAUCUAGAUUGUAGAAUGGAGGCAAACAUGAACAAGGAGUUCAAAAGAGAUGCAGUAUGUGGAUUAAAGACACUGGACACUAUUGGUAAUUGUCAAAGACCAGUCUUCUCACGUGGUGUAUCUCAACAUAUACAUA